AUGUCUACCUCUACAUCACAUCCUGAUCAAACAUCAACACCUUCAACCACUCCUGCUCAAGGUGGCGUUGUUCGUUCAUGUCUAAGUGGUGAUACGUUGAUCAUUCGUCCAAGAGGCGUCAACACUCCAGGUGCAGAAAGAACACUUCAUGUUGCUGGCAUUGCUGCUCCUCGAAUGGGCACACGUGAACGUGAUGAUGAACCUUUCGCUUUCUUAUCCAGAGAAUUUUUGCGAAAGUUACUGGUAGGAAGAGAGAUUCGUUAUCGCGUGGAAUAUACAGUGCCAAUCUCCGCUCAAAAUGCUGUCAUUCGCGAAUACGUUCAUGUUUUUCUUCCUCCUGAAAGCCCGGGUGCUUCUGAUGUAAAUGUAUCGCACAAAAUAUUGGCAGACGGCUGGGCUCGAGUUCACGACUCCGUCUCACGUAGAAAUGCAAAUGCCGUACCGGAAGAGGAAGAAGAAGGCGGUUAUAAAUCCGUUCAACGUUCCAUUCAAGAAGAAGCACAAAAGAACAGCGUUGGUGUUUGGGGACCUAAUGAUUUACUUAAAGUGGAACAUAACAUGACAGAUUCGACUUCAUUCUUGGCUGAAUGGAAGGGCAAAGAAAUCGAAAGUGUUGUUGAACAGGUACGUGAUGGAAGCAUGUUACGCGUUCGCUUAUUCCUCUCUUCCAAUCAUCAUCAAAUCAUCAAUCUGUCUUUGGCCGGUGUCAAAGCACCAAGAUUAGCCGGAGCAGGUGGUCCUCCAGCUCAAGAAGGUAGCGAACCUUUUGCAGAAGAAGCAAGGUUCUUUGUCGAAAGCAGAUUGCUGCAGCGAAAUGUUCGGGUCACCUUGCUCUCUCUUCCACCUUCUGCAGCUCCAACGCCAUUCUCAGUCUCAGGCAAUGCACCUGCACCUCAAUCUACAUUUUCAUCUUCAAUCUUGAUUGGACAAAUGAUCCAUCCUGUUGGUGAUAUCGCUCAAUUCUUAUUGGCUUCCGGAUUGGCUAAAUGCGUUGAUUGGCAUGCAGGAAUGUUGGCGAUGGACAAAUACAGAUUAGCAGAAAAAGCAGCAAAAGAUAAACGUUUGAACAUCUGGCGAGACUAUCAACCUCCAGCAAAAAGUGCAGAUACUGUCCUUCCUGCCAGUCCAGCUGCACGAACAUUCGAAGCAACUGUCGUUCGGGUGAUUUCAGGCGACACUAUUCAUGUUCGUAGAAUCACCGGUGAAGGUCAAUCAAAGACUACCACAGUCUCCAAUGCUUCCAAUGCGAUUACCUCUGGCGAACAACGCAUUCAUCUGUCUUCUAUUCGUCAACCUGUACUCAAAGAUGAAAAGCAAGCCGGCUAUGCGAAUGAAGCCAAAGAUCUAUUACGCAAAAGGUUGGUCGGCAAACCGGUCAUGGUUCGAAUCGAUUACAUCAAGAAAGAGGCUGGUUCGGAUGAUCGCUUAUUUGCAACAGUCACUGCUACAACUGGCUCAAAGGAGACAAGAGAUGUAGGUGAGACGUUGAUCUCACGUGGAUUGGCAACAGUCAUGCGCCACAGAAACGGUGACGAAGACCGUUCACCCGAUUGGGAUAAAUUGAUGGCUAUUGAAGCAGAAGCAUCAGGUGCUCAACGUGGUUUGCACAGCGGAAAAGAACUUACUGCGCCCAAGUACGUAGAUGCAAGUGAAAGUGCUGGUAAAGCAAACGCAUACCUUUCCACCUUGAAACGAUUGGCAAAAGUAAAUGCAAUUGUUGAUUUUUGUGCAAGUGCAAGCAGAUUCAAGCUUAUCGUACCUCGUGAGAACUGCAAAUUGACCUUUGUGUUGGCAGGUAUCAGAGCACCGCGAAUUGGCCGAACUCCUUCAGAUCAUGAUGAACCUUUCUCCCGAGAAGGUUUGGAUUGGAGCACUGAAAAGGUAUUACAGAGAGAUGUAGAUAUCGAAGUCUUUUCGAUCGAUAAAUCUGGCGGUUUCAUUGGCGCUAUGCUGAUCAACAAUAGAAGCGAGAAUGUUGCAGUGAAGUUGGUCGAACAAGGUUUGGCGAGCGUUCACCAUUACAGCGCUGAAACUCUUUCAUUUGGACAACAGUUGAUCGAUGCAGAAUCGCGGGCCAAGAGUGCCAAAGCGGGAAUGUGGAUCAAUCAUGUGGAAGAGGAUGAGCAAAAUGAUGAUGUGAUUGGAGCACGUGUCGGUUCAGUCGAACAGCGUGCCCCAUCGACAUGGGCUGGUCAAAGCUUGAACAGCGCUCCUGCCAAUGGAACAUCAUCCGGCAAGGUAGGGUGGGGUCAGAAAGCGCCUGCUGGUGCCGUGCAAAACGGUACUUUAAAACCAAAGACAGAAUACGUUGACAUCACAGUCUCAGACGUUCGAGGUGAUGGUGGCGCGUCCGUGCCAUUCUCUUUCUCUGUGCAGAUCUUGAACGAUCGUAUCCAGGAACUCGAAAAGUUGAUGCAAGAAUUGUCCGUCUCACAAAAAUCGGCCUCGAAGAGCUUCGCUUCAGCAGGUCAACAACGUGUUGGCGAUUGGGUCGUUGCCCGUUUCUCAGGUGAUGGCCAAUGGUAUCGUGGUCAGAUCUUGCGCAACAAACCUGCACAAAAGGCAAAAGAAAUCUUGUUUGUCGAUUACGGAAAUAUUGAAGAUGUUGACACAAACGACAUUCGUGCUUUGGAUGAUGUUCAUUUCGGUAAGAGACGCUUACCUGCUCAAUGUCACCCUGCCCGUUUGAGCUUUGUGAAAUUGUACGACGCACAGACUGGCACAAGUGAUGAAUAUGCAUUGGAUGCCAUUGAGAGAUUCAAAGAAGUAACAGAAGGACAAAAGUUGAUUGCAAACAUUGAUCACCGGGACACCAACGGUACCUUGCAUCUUACACUUUACGAUCCAAACAAUGCUUCCGCAAUCGCACAAGGUAGACCGGAAGCAUGCAUCAACGUUGACUUGUGCGCUGAAGGAUUCGCUUUGCCUGACAAACGUCUUCCUUAUUGGCCAGCAUACGCACAAAUGACAAAAGCAGUCGAAAGUGCUAACCAAGAAGCACGCAAACGUCAUUUGGGAGUAUUCGAGUUAGGAGAUCCAACAGGAGAUGAAUGA